AUGAACCCUGACCGGAACAGCCGGAAGUAUCGCUCCGGAAACAAUCUGUACAGCGACGAUGAGCUGGAAUUAUCGUCGUCACAGGUGCUGGAAAAAGUAAAGCCGGAUCGCGUCACUUCCACCAAACCGGACGAAGAUCGCCGUCGCCGCACGAUUAUCGUGGAGAAGAAGAACGGUUCGUACGGUUUUACGUUACAAAGUUACGGCAUACACUACAAAAAGGAACAGGAGGUCGAAGUGAUCACGUACGUGGAUUACGUCGAGUACGAUGGUCCGGCGUACCGGGCCGGGAUGCGCGAAGGCGACGUCAUCCUCUCGAUCAACGGUUACGAUAUGGAGAAGGCCGAACACAAGGAUCUGGUCAACUUUAUCAAAAACUGUGAUAAUAGAAUGCGCAUGGUGGUGCUGUUCGAGGACUGCUGCCGGAAGGUGGAGUUACACUUGAAGUACAUCCAGCUGCAGGAUCUGCUCAAAAGCAAGAUGGCCGAUUUGGAAAGGAUUUGCUUGCGGGAGCGCGAACUCUUGGAGGGUAAGUGGAAAACGCACAGCUUACCAGCGAGAAAGAAGGCGAACGCUGCGACGGGGGAUGAUAUUGAUCCCGGCUCGACGACGGACGUGGAAUCAAGCUCUGGGCCAUCGUUUUGCCGUCCGGCAGCCUCGACCGAGGACGUGAAGAAGUUACUCCGACAGAAAACGUACAUUGUACCACCACCGGCACAAUUUAUGCUGGCUUAUCAUUGCCUGGAUAGUAACUAUCGUUACGUGAUCCAUCCUUCCUCUCAAGCUGCUGGUACGUGCGAUAGUGCCAGCGGUCCCGAAUACUCACCCUGUGCUCAACCGAACAACCCAACAGCGGCCAAACUUUGCAAGGACCAUCAGCAUAUGAUGCGUGGCUCCUCGUUAGACAGUAGCUCACUCGGUGCGGGUGUUGGCUGCAAGCAGCAACAGCAGCAGCAAGCCUCCGCCUCGCCAACGAAAAGUCUUCACAAUUACGACACCAAAGCAACCAAAUCGUCGUCAUCCGGUACGUCCCGGCGCAGUGGUCACCUGCACGGGCACUCGUGCAAUCCUUGCAUGGGACACUUUCUGCGCAGUAGUAGUAGCAGCAGCGACAAAAACCGAUCCGGCGAGAAAGAUAACACCAGCCUGGAUGCGUACGAUCUGGCGAGCCCGUGCUGUGAUCCACAGUGUGUUCCAUCGCGUCGCAAAUCGAAACACCAUAAAGAUCACCACCACAAGCACAAACACCGUGACAGGGAGGGGAAGGAACACGGUGGGAAGGAUCGUAUUCCGAGGCCAAAGUCACAACCACACAUUUCACCACAGCUGCAACAGCAGCAGCAUCAACAGCAGCCUCAUCACUCACAAUCAAGCUAUCUAUACCGUCACAAAGAUAAGCACGAUCAUCACCAUUCGAAAGUGUAUGACCUAAACGCUAGUCUCGCGAGCCAUUGUAGUCUGCACUCGUGCACCUCGAGCGAGUUUAACCCUGCGGCGGAGAACUCGCCCGCAUCGUAUAGCACAUCCAUCAGCACUGACACGCUCUACUGGGAGCCGCACAGCGAAUCGACCACGGUGUCCGCUUCCGGAUCGAUCCACAAGAAGCCACCGGCCGGUGGUAGUGGCAACAGCGCCACCACUACCAGUGGCGCACUCGUCCCGAUCGGUGCCCGACCACCACACACACAUCAGCACCAUUACUACAUACAGAAGUACGUCCAUCCGCAACACCAUCCCGCAGCCGGGCAGCAGCAGGCACAGCAACAGCAGCAGCAGCAGCUUGCCAUAUUUCCACCACCACCAGCAUUGCCUGCCGUCCACAAGCCCAAAUCUUGGGACAAUCUCGCGAUGAAGGGUUACGGUGGGUACGGGUACGGGUACGGUUAUCUCGAGGUCGGAGGCGGUACUGUUGGUGCGGCCCUGUCCAAAACGAACCUACCGACGGCGACACGCACCCAAACGACCAUCACCAUCCAGCACCGGAACUCGAUACCGAAGAAGAACGGCUACGAACGGUACUCGGCGUUUGUCGACGUGGAAAACUAUGCGCCACCACCGACACAGUUCCUGCAGGAGACCACCACCACGACCACCACGAUCACUACGAAAUCGACCGAGAAUCUGCUCGGUCCGUACAACCGUUCCGAUUCCAGUCUGUCCUGCGAGUGUCUCGAGACGGCACCGUUGACCGGUGGUGGUGGUGCCGGAACAUCCGGUGGCAUGGUGGAACACGUGCACGACAAAUCCGGCUACUAUUCCAGCCUUAGUGGUGCGGCAAGUUCCGGUGGCAGUGGUGGUGCCGGUAAGAAGUCAAACCCCAACUUAACCGAAAUAGCUCGCCUUUAA